GGGAACCCGCCCCGGAGUCGGAAUCGGAGUCGGAGUCGGAGUCGGAGCCGGAGCCGGAGCCUAGUUGCUGGCGGACGGGGCUUUCAGGGAACCCGCCCCGGAGCCGGAGCCGGAGCCGGAGUCGGAGCCCCAGGCCGAGGCGAGCGGAGGCAGCGGCGUCCGGACUCAGAGAGGAGUCGCUGCCGAGACCCGGAUCUGCGUCUGAACAUCUGCGAGGACAGACAUCAUGGGUGGCUUCUUCUCAAGUAUUUUUUCCAGUCUGUUUGGAACCCGGGAAAUGAGGAUUUUAAUUUUGGGAUUGGAUGGAGCAGGGAAAACUACAAUUUUGUACAGAUUACAGGUUGGAGAAGUUGUUACUACCAUUCCUACCAUUGGAUUUAAUGUUGAGACAGUAACAUACAAAAACCUUAAAUUUCAAGUCUGGGAUUUAGGAGGACAAACAAGUAUCAGGCCAUACUGGAGAUGUUAUUAUUCAAACACAGAUGCAGUCAUAUAUGUAGUAGACAGUUGUGACCGAGAUCGAAUUGGUAUUUCCAAAUCAGAGCUGGUUGCCAUGUUGGAGGAAGAAGAGCUAAGAAAAGCUAUUUUAGUGGUGUUUGCAAAUAAGCAGGAUAUGGAACAGGCUAUGACUCCCUCAGAGAUGGCAAAUUCACUUGGGCUACCUGCUUUAAAGGACCGAAAAUGGCAGAUUUUCAAAACUUCAGCUACCAAAGGCACUGGCCUUGAUGAGGCAAUGGAAUGGUUAGUUGAAACAUUGAAAAGCAGACAGUAAAUUCAAUCACUUCUGAAGACCAAAUCAAUAUAUCCAUUUGGAGACCGCCAAGUGUGCUUCACACUACUAAAAUUUAAAACCAUUUGAUUUUUGGUAUACAUAUACUGAACUGACUGCAAGAUUUGUAAUAAAUAUGAAAAAUAAGUAGUGGAGGGGUAACUCUUGAUCAAACUAUCUGAUCUGUGUAAAAUAAUCCUUUUUUGUGCUAAGGUAUGUAUUCUAUUUGUAUGGAAUUCUUAAUCUAAUAAUCCUAUUAAAGAAUGUACUAUUA